AUGGAUUUUGAUGAACGGAUCUCUGGCUCUAAUAUGUAUUUACCGAGCUGCACUUACUACGUCCCCGGAGCAGACUUCUCGGGUCUCCCUCAUUAUUUAACCCAGAGCCAGUCCUCUUGCCCCAUGACAUACUCCUACCACCAGUCCUCAGCGCUGCCACAGGUCCCGUCCGUCAGAGAAGUGGCUUUCAGAGACUAUGGCAUUGAUUCUUCCAGUAAAUGGCACCACGGCCGGGGGAGCCUGUCACACUGCUACACGGAGGACAUCAUGCACAGGGACGGCUGGACCAGCCCGACCUCACGGGGGGGAGAGCUCCUGGUGAAAGGCGGCUCCAGCGCCAGCCACCCGGGCUCCUCCAACCCGGCGCCGGGCUUCCACGGCAGCGUCGGCAGGAACGGCGUCCUGCCUCAGGCGUUCGACCAGUUCUUCGACACGGCCUACGGGGGCGCGGAGAGCAGCGCGACCCCGACAGCACCGGCGACGGACGCGGACAGACACGCGGCCAGAGGGAGCCCGGCGCCGGCGCACGCAGGCUCGGACACGGCGGAGAGCUGCAGCCCCAAGUCGUCCUCCGGCCACAGCGAGGAGAAGCAGAGCAAAGGCACCAGUGGCCAGAGGACGCGCAAGAAGAGGUGUCCGUACUCCAAGUAUCAGAUCAGGGAACUGGAGAGGGAAUUCUUCUUCAGCGUUUACAUCAACAAGGAGAAGCGGCUGCAGCUCUCGCGGAUGCUCAAUCUCACAGAUCGCCAGGUGAAAAUCUGGUUUCAGAACAGGAGGAUGAAGGAGAAGAAACUAAGCAGGGACCGUUUACAGUACUACACCACGAACCCCUUGCUAUAA